CCUGUCCGUCCGGCUGAUCCAUUCUAGCAUCAACCAUCCACAAUCCCAUGCGUGCCUCCAGUCUUGAGGUAACAUAGCUACUAACGGCUCUGGUGCUAGUAGUUAGACAAUAAACAGAUGAACGGCUGUCAACCUAUUUGAGGGUAUUGUUUGUGUUGACGGACUUACUGUGUCAGCUAAUGUGACGUUUUUAUAAAUCAUUUUGCAUGUAGUACGUUACGGUUGUAUGUUUUAUUAGUAUUAUCCGUUAGCUACCCACGCAGCUAACGUUCGUCUCAUCCAGUCAUUUUACAAGCUGUUUGCUUAUGCUAGCAAGCUAGCUAACAUCACUUCAACGGCAGAGAAUGGCAGGUUAGCUAUCUAGCUAACUAAUAACUGUUAUUCGUGUAUCUAGCACGCUACAUUGAAACCCCGGUGUGAUCUGUGAAAUUCCCAUGCCCUGUCAAGUAUGAACGUCCCAAAAAGUGGAUAUCGCGUAUUCUCUGCUAACUCCACGGCGGCAUGCACGGAGUUAGCCAAGAAAAUCACUGAACGGCUUGGAGUUGAGUUGGGGAAAUCCGUUGUUUAUCAAGAGUCCAACAGAGAGACACGGGUGGAUGUGAAGGAGUCUGUGCGAGGUCAAACCAUUUUUAUCAUCCAGACCAUUCCCAGAGAUGUCAACACAGCCAUUAUGGAGCUCCUGGUCAUGGCGUAUGCCCUCAAGACCUCCUGUGCAAAGAACAUCAUUGGCGUCAUCCCAUACUUCCCUUACAGCAAGCAGUGCAAAAUGAGAAAGAGGGGCUCUAUUGUGUGCAAACUGUUGGCCUCCAUGCUUGCCAAAGCAGGUUUAACUCACAUCAUCACCAUGGACCUCCACCAAAAAGAGAUCCAAGGCUUCUUUGGCUUUCCCGUGGACAACUUGCGUGCCUCGCCAUUCCUGCUGCAGUACAUCCAAGAAGAGAUUCCAGACUACAGAAAUGCCAUCAUUGUUGCAAAAUCGCCAUCUGCAGCCAAAAGAGCUCAGUCGUACGCCGAGAGGCUCCGUCUCGGCCUGGCUGUCAUACACGGGGAGGCCCAGUGUGCCGAGUCAGACAUGGCGGAUGGACGACACUCACCGCCCUGUGUCCGCAACAGUUCCGGACACCCUGGGCUCGAACUGCCAUACUCCUCCCUAAAUGAAGGCAAACAACAAGCGCCGUUCCCUGGCAUAGAGCUCCCAAUAAUGAUGGCUAAGGAGAAGCCGCCCAUCACUGUGGUGGGAGACGUGGGAGGACGCAUCGCCAUCAUAGUUGACGACAUCAUCGAUGACGUGGAGGACUUUGUGGCGGCCGCAGACAUCCUGAAGGAGCGCGGCGCCUAUAAGAUCUACAUCAUGGCCACUCACGGGCUGCUGUCCGCUGAUGCGCCCCGGCUCAUCGAGGAGUCCCCCAUUGAUGAGGUGGUGGUGACCAACACUGUGCCCCACGAGGUCCAGAAGCUUCAGUGUCCGAAGAUCAAGACAGUGGACGUGAGCAUGAUCCUGGCUGAGGCCAUCCGCCGCAUCCACAACGGAGAGUCCAUGGCCUACCUGUUUCGCAACGUCACCGUGGACGACUAGGGUCCGCCUGAGGUGAGGGUGGGGUGGGAGGGGGUGUGACGGGACUCCCACCAACACCUUCCCCAUUUGACCUCUGACCCCCUGCUCCAUCAGGUGUAGAAGUGCCAAGUGCUCCCCUCAUACCAAACACAUUCAAAGCCACACACUUCUAUGCAUUUACAUGGGGGGAAAAGAAAGCACAGUGCAACCAUCACAAUAAAUCAAAUUCAUAGCAAGGUGUGAAGAUUUCAUUUAAUCAAAUAAGCUAAAUUCAGGCGACCUGAGAGGGUCCCAGAAGAGCAGGAAGGGAGAAUAGAAAACAAAGUAUCUAGAAUGUCAUAGAAUGUAUUCUAGAAUAUUCUAGAAUGUGUUCUACGAUGUCUUUUUUGAGUGUAAGCCAUGUAAUAAACCUCAGCUUUAGCAGAACCUCAGUUUUAAAAACAUGUGACUAAAACAUUGACUAGUUUACAUAUUCAAUUUACCAGUCAACCAGCUCUAACCAGAGGCUUUGAUAACAUGACUCUACAAGCUAAGAGACAGGAAAGCAUUUACUUUCUGGCCAUGCCAUUUAGUACUUUUUGUUUUUUAGCACUUUGCCAGCUAGAACUGACUGGAACCCCACAUGAACUGCUGGAGUUCAGGGCAGCACUGUGACUGUGUGACUCAUGUCAUGAACGUACCCAUAUAUACCAGACUGCCUGCGGUACCGGUCCUUGUACUAUUGGUUUUCUUAAAGCAAUCAUCUGUGUGUAGAUGUAACAUCUCAGACUUUAGUGCAGUAGCCCUAUGAGAAUGGGCAUACAGUAGAGUGUGCUAUGCUCAGUGUAAAAGGCCAUAGAACCAGCAGGUCUUACUCAUAAGGGGCACCGUGAACAUCUUCGCUCUUAACGAGAUUCUUUUCAGUGUAUUCAAUACGGUUUUAUUACAGUGACUAACUGGGCAAAA